ACGAGGGCGACGUUAGCGCUGCCACUCGCUAGUUCCUGUUGGCUCGGAAGGGCGUCCGUCGAGCCACGAGUGUUAGUGCGGUGACUCUCACGUUGGUCCGUCGUCUUAUGCCUGUGGCCCCGCGGGAUACGGCAGUGAAACAUACAUUCAUUCAUGGGAAUAAAUACUCUUACUUAGAUCCAAGUGACAGUGGCAAUGCCCAGGUCUUUACUAUUGGUGUUAUCGACAGUGAAGUAACAGCUGCUAAUGAUCAAUGAAAGAGCUUAGUGUCCCCUACAAAACGCACUCGAAAGCACCCACAGCUGCAACAGCACAGGAAAAGGUCACAGAAAGCACAGGACAAGAACAAUGCGAGAGUGGUGUGGGUGGUGGGCCCGCCGGUGUGCGGUGACGGCGGUGAUAGUGACAGUGACAGCAUGCCUUCUGCUGCCCCCCGUCAGCGCCUACAGGAGAAGAGGGCAAACCAGAGACUACAUGGCUCCGACAAAGAGGAACAUUGGCACUAGAGGGAACUUCUGUCCCUACACUGUGACGAAGAUGGUUUCGUGCAAGAUCGCCAACGGCACCGAGACGUACACGGGGCGAGUGGCCAUCGGGAAGAGGGUGCAGCUCAUGACAAUGACUCGACCCCGUUAUGUGACGUCGUUCAAAGAGGUGCAGGAGACGGAGUAUGGUUGCUGCCCUGGCUUCUACGGUAGCAACUGUGAUACAACAUGUUUCAACUGCACACAAAUCCAGCAUCUGGAGUCGAGGGUUCGAACUCUAGAGGCCAAGCUACUGCGAUCUCCCACCGCGUCCCUCCCGCCCUUCGACGACGACCCGGUCAUCGAGAUGGGGCCCCCGGACACCUCGCACGUGAACGGACACCCUCUCAAUGACCGACGGGGGAAGGGGCGCAACAGAGGCAGCAACAGAAGGCGAAACAAUAAGAAUAGGAAGAACAAAGGAAGGCGACGGGAUGAGGACCCGCGGGGGGACAUCGAUAUCGAAGAAGAGGGCGGCAGCGAUGCCUACGACGAAGCAAACAAUAGCGUGGCGCCUCCCCGGCCAACUCUCACCAGCGUCCCCUUGGGAAGCGGACAGUGUACUUGCCCUCCUGGUCCACCUGGCCCACCUGGCCCGCCCGGCGUUCCCGGAAGAGAUGGCCAAAGGGGACAGGACGGCAGAGAUGGGGCCGUUGGUCCACGGGGACCCGCGGGUUCUCCAGGGGUUACCUAUGCCAGUGGCGGCAGCGGCGGCGGCGGCGGCGGCUCGAGCAACUUCGUGCCAGGUCCUCCAGGCCCUCCAGGUCCUCCGGGUCCCCCUGGGCGUCAAGGAAUCCCGGGCCAAGACGGAAGGGUGGGGGUGCCUGGUCUCAUCGGGCCGCCAGGUCUUAACGGGAAGGAUGGUCUGCCAGGUGCGCCAGGUCCACUGGGACCUCCAGGGCCUCCAGGAGUCGGUUCGCCCGGGCAGAAGGGAGAGAGAGGGCUUGAUGGCCGCCCAGGGGAGCCAGGAGACGCCGGACCGCCAGGAGCUCCAGGCCUCAUCGGUCCCCCCGGCAUCAAGGGAGAUCCUGGCUUCAACGGCAUCGCAGGAACCCCGGGAGAGAGAGGCCCGAAGGGAGAGAUCGGACCCGUCGGUGCCCCUGGCCUUCGAGGACAAGUGGGCAUCCCAGGUCCCAAGGGAGAACCGGGAUUGCAAGGACCGCCGGGCCCAGUUGGACUCCCGGGCCCCGCCUUGCCCAUACCGGGAGGACUGGGGCGAUCCGAUGUCGACUACUCCGCUUUGGGAGAGGACGGCUUCGAGGGCAGCGGCUACGAACUCAACUUCGACGACGACGAGUACCCGCUGGGCAUCCCCGGAAUCCCACGAGGCUUCCCAGGACCCCCGGGCCCCAAGGGAGAGAAGGGUGCUCCAGGAGAGCCCGGGCGCCAAGGGCUCGUCGGACCCAAAGGAGACCGCGGUUUCGACGGCGUGCGAGGUCCUCCGGAUGGACAUCCGCCGCAGGUCCAUGAACUCUUCCAGACGGUGGCGAAUCUCAGGGAAAAUCUCAACCUGCUCGACGCCAGAGUUCGAAUCUUGGAGACUGAGCUUCCGAAGAUCAUGGGCUUAGCUGGUGAAGAUCAUCUUUUACCAGGGCAUCCAGAUUCACCUUACAAUCCAAGUUCUGGAUCAGCUCCAUAUGGAGGAACAGCCGAUGAAUUGUACAAACAGGUUGAUCACCUGAAUGGCUUAGUUUCUUCAGUGCUUCCAACCCUUGAUGGAACCACUUCCUCUUCCAAUCAAGUUCCUCCCAUUCCUGACUCAACCAUAACAUUCCCAGUGGAAGUAGACACUACUGGCACAAGAGUAGACACUACUGGCACAAGAGUUCCAGAAGACACGGCCUCAAGAACAGAAGCACCAUUCCUUCCUGGUGUAGAGGAUUCAAGUACAGAUGGUGAUACUACAACAGAAGCUAGUAGUACUUCUACUGAUGGAGCUACGCCUUAUGACUAUGAGUAUGAAAAUUAUGAUGAUUAUGUCUAUGAAUAUGAUGAAUAUGAGUAUGAAGAUGAAGAGGAUCCAGAGUUCGAGUACUAUGACUAUUACAAGGAUGGAGCCAGGUACAAGCGGCGAUCUAAGAAAAAUAAUGUCCAGAGUGACUCGGACCAUAGUCACCAUGAAGAAGGAAGAUCGGACUCUUUACAGGAGGAACAUGACAAGAAAAACAAAAGACAAAAACAUACCCACACAAAGAAAGGCAAGAAGAAGAGCACCACUGAUAAGAAGAGAAAGCACAAGUCAGGAGACAGAAAAAAUAAUCAGAAUUACCACACCAUUGAGAGACCAGACACAUCACCAGUUGUAAAUCCUUUAGAAACUACCCAGACACCACCAUCAACAACAACAACUCUGUCUCCCAGGCAAAUCAUUGAGGACAGAGCAGCAAGAGUAAGAGCACUGAAAUUGAGAGCUCAACAGUUACGUGCACGACAGCUUAAAAAUUCAGAUGGAAAUAAGGACAUCCAUCCACUGCGAAGAUUCUCUGAAAUCACUCAGAGGACAAAGAGAGACUUAGGUUUCCCAUUUAACAAGCUUUCAGAAGAGGUAACUUGGAUAUAGACUUUGUAAUACUUCUAUAAAGCCAUGUUACAGUAGUUCUUUAAAAGUGAAAGUACUAAAGGAGAGUUAAACUGAUUACAUUUUUACUAUUUUAAAGUGUUUAAAGACAGUAAAGUAGUUCUUCUGUCAAUGAAAUUUCCAUGCCUGGUAUUUUUUGUCUCUCCCUCCAAAACUAUGCUUCAAGAAUGAUUUAUAAUGAGUGGAAUGAGGUGCAAAGAUUUUUAUACUUCCAAAUGUGUUCUUUAACUUUUACUGGCUAGACCAUUAACAUUGUCAGAAUCAGUAUCAUUAAUAUGUCAGUUUUUCACUUCAUCAUUGUUAUCUGUAGAUAACUAUUGAACAGAAAGUAAUUAUUCCUUACAAAGACCACUGAGUGCCAUGAAAAAAUUUGUUAUUCUAGUUUUUACUUUAAAUGUACAUUAUGAAUAAUAGUUACACAUUGAAGAUGUGUUUACCUUGCACUGUACUAUUCACAAAAAUAUAGAUGUUCAUAACUUAUCUCACACUGUGGCAUAGUUCUUAGUAAUCAGUUGUUCUUAUUUUCAGAGUAAGCACUUUUGUGACAUUCUGCACUUCAUUCUAAGCAGCAAAUAAAGCUUCAAGAAUGGUUAUAAUUUACCUUAGUCUUUUAUGUGAUUCAUGAUUUUCCAGCUUCCAAAGCUUCACUGCCAUAACCUCACUCAAGUGCAAAUGUUGUCAUAGACAUGGCCCAGUUUGUGAGAAUUAUUGAAUAAGCUCUGAUUUUUUUUCAGUUGUUACUGUCAUAGGUAUAAGUUAAUCACUGACUGUACUGUAUAUAGUUCACAGUUCUUGUCUACAAAAGUUGAACUAUCAGCAAAACAUCCUCUUUAUGACUUCAGAAGGUCUCCUUUUUCAAUAAAGGAAUAUUUCAUAA